AUGUCUAUUGGCUACUAUUAUCCAGAUGAUUCCAGGAGAGUGCCCCUGUGGUCGCGACUCUUCUCAUCAACUUAUGCCGGUUAUCGUCACCUGAAGCCUUCGGGGUCGAGGUACUCCGGUCGCUAUCGUCGUUCUUUAUUCCGCCGCAUCUGCAACUAUGUUUCUGCUGUUAUCGGCGUUAUAUUCCUUCUCAUCGUCCUGACCUCCAUAUUCCGGCCCUCCUAUACCCAGCCGCCGCCACAUUACUUGUCGCUUCGGAAUGCGGUGUCUCAGUCAACGAAAUCCGGCCGAGGCAACAUCCGCAAUGAGAAAGUCUUCAUCGCAGCGAGCUUAUAUGACCCUGAUGGUGAUCUAGCACGAGGACAUUGGGGGGACAGUGUGCUUGAGCUGAUCGAUCUGCUCGGAGAAGACAAUGUUUUCUUGAGCAUCUAUGAGAACGACAGCGGUCGAGAUGGAGAGAGUGCGCUUCAAGAUCUGGCGGAUCGGGCCACGUGCCAGAAGUCCAUUGUUUUCGAGCAGCAUCUGGAUCUGGCCGGUUUACCGACAGUUGCCGUUCCCGGCGGUUCAAGACGGAUCAAACGUAUCGAGUACUUGGCGGAGGUGCGGAACCGAGCUCUAAAACCGCUGGACGACCAGCCGGGAGUGCGCUACGACAAGCUGCUCUAUUUGAACGACGUUGCAUUCAACCCGGUGGAUGCGCUCCAGCUUCUGUUCUCCACAAAUGCCACGGAUGAUGGCGUUGCUCAAUACCGGGCCGCGUGCGCCGUGGAUUUCAUCAACCCAUUCAAAUUUUAUGACACUUAUGCGACACGCGAUCUGCAGGGCUUUGGCGUGGGCGUGCCUUUCUUCCCGUGGUUCACUAGCGCUGGGCAAGGUCAGAGCCGCCAGGACGUACUAGCUCAGAAAGAUGCUGUGCGGGUGCGGAGUUGCUGGGGAGGAAUGGUAGCAUUCGACGCGCGGUUCUUCCAGCGCGAUACAGAUUUAUCGGUCAUGGAUGUACAGCCUCAGCUGUCUGGAGAGGACAAAUCACCUGCUCGGUUCCGGGCGUCACAUGAUACGUUCUGGGAAGCUUCUGAGUGUUGUCUUAUCCAUGCUGAUAUUCAGAAGCCUCAGCCGGACCCAGAGAAGAUCACAGACACGGGGAUCUAUAUCAAUCCAUAUGUCCGGGUUGCGUACGACACCCGCACCCUUUCCUGGUUAGGGACUACGCGGCGGUUCGAGAAGCUGUACUCUUGGAUCCAUGAUAUUCUCAACCAUUUCGUCGGCAUGCCUUGGUUCAAUCCUCGGCGAACCGAAGUCCCCGGCCAGAUAUCUCAGGAGAAGGUCUGGAUCCCUGAUGAACAUGAAGAGGGGAAUGGGUCAUUUCAACUCGUUGAUCGGGUUGCGGGCAAAGAUGGCUUUUGCGGACGCCCGGGACUUCAAGUCAUCAUCGAACAUCGCAAAGAGGGCCAGAAGGGAUAUGAGGAGAUUGAAGUACCUUCAUAA